AUGUUGAAUGAUACAUACGGACUCACAGAACGCAAUCACAUCAUGGUCGGCCACUCCUGUGGCGCGACUCUUGCAUUCCAAGCUUUGCAACGCUCCUGUACUCAUAAUUCCGACAGACCUCUCCCACCGCCAAGAGCACUGGUCGGCUUAGCAGGCAUAUACGAUCUCCGUCUCUUAUAUGAGUCCCACAAAGACGGCCCCUACGGGGAUAUCUACGCUUCCUUCAUCGAAGGUGCUUUCGGGAAGAACAUGGACGAUUGGGACCGCGCGUCGCCUGCAUAUUUCGCAGAACGAAAUUCGGAAAUGUUCUCUAGUACUUCUAUCUUGCUGGUCACGGCCGAAGGGGAUGAAUUGGUCGAACCGGCGCAAAGGGAUGUGAUGAGACGAGCGAUACUCGGAUCAAAAUCAUCAUCAUCAUCGGAGACAGUGCCUGUCCAGGACAAAGAGCCUGAGAUCGAGACUGGAGGAGGAUCGGCGAUGAUGACAGAGAAUCAAGGCGGUAGUAGGUAUGCCGAGAUGAGUGUGAAAGGUGGACAUGAUGACAUGUGGCUUGUUGGCGAGCGGAUGGUGGCUGCUAUUGAGAAGGCGAUUCAAGUCAUGUUGAUGCCGAAAGCAACACCGCCAGAGGCAGCAGUAGCAGCAGUCUCAUGA